AAGAGGUUCAUGAUCCACUGUCCUUUGAAAUAAUUUUGUUUCAUUUUUGAAACUUAGUUGAAAUAAAUGUAUUUCAAAUAAGUACUACAAAGUUAAAAUUGUAUUUAGAGAUGACACAAGUUUGUGAAAAGUUAAGCAGAUGAAAAAGUGAAGAGAUUAUGGCUGUACUUCUUUCUUUGCCAUUGUGAAGUGUGGCAACUUGAUCUUUUCAAAGUUUCUAAUAGUGGUCCAGACUGGGCAUACUAGGAUUCAAAAGCCUCUUUGAUGUUCAGGUGCUGCCCUGGCCCCUGCAAUCUUUUCUGACUCCUGCAGAGAGCACAAACACCUCCAGUACUCAGUGAACUAGAGCCCACAGGGCUUAAUCAUAUGCUUUCCAGAAGUUCAGGCUUACAUCAACCUAAUGAUAGAAGGUUACAGCAGAUUUUAGGUAGAUUACAGUUGAAUUACAAAUAGAUUACAAUUGAGAACACAAACACCUCAAGUGUACCACUCAGUGAACUUCAUAUGCUUUCCAGAAGUUCAGGCUCAAAUCAAUCUCUUGAUAGAAUUUUACAGCAGAUUUUAGGUAAAUUACAAUUGAACAUUCAGGGUAUCCUGUAAUCACAUGGGUGUGCCACACAGGGAAAUUGAGUAAAGUUUUCUCUACCUGGAAAAUAUGUUGUAAAGCAAUGAUCCCAGCUCUCCACAGAGGCGCCACGUUCUCCUGUCUAGCCGAGUUCUCUUUGCCAUCCUAGUGCCUACCUGCCACAUAUAAGUUGAUAAGCUCUGCUACACUGAAUGUAGGAAAUAUUUUUUUUCUUUAAUUCAGUUCAUCCCUGAUUGGAAUGAUGCCGAAAAAAGUUUUCUUGGGAACAAAGCGGGGGAGGUGAAGCCCCCAAAUCUAAAAACAUGUAAUUGCAUGAGAAUGAUGACUUUGCAUACCUUUUAUGUAGGCCCUUCUUCUUUUUUAAAUUUUAUCUGACUAAAAUGAGCCUCAGCCUUUGCCCACUUCUGAUUCUACAUUUUCAACUAGGUAUUUCUCUCCAAGUUGUUCCUCAUAACCACCCAACCCACUCAAGUCUUUCUCUAGUCUUUGUCCCACAUUGUGAAAAGGAUGUUUUUCUACUUGCGUCAAGAUUCUUAUUCUAAGCUUCAUAUUUUCCAUUCAACAACUAUUUAGACUGUCCCUACUGUGUGCCAGGCCCUUUGGCAGGUGCUGUGGAUACAGUAGAGCACAAAGAAGACAUGGGUCAUACCUUCACACAGCUUAUAGUUGACUCACGAUGCAUUUAGAUCAAAUAAAACACAAAGAAAUGUAAAAUUACAACUGUUAUACAUGCCCUGAAGGAAGAAUUUAGAGUAUAAUCAAUGUGUGUAACAGACAUGACCCAGUAUAGAUACUCACAUCUGUUCAGAAUUAGGUCAUUUUUAAAACUUUUUUUUAAAAUUUUUUUUCUUUUCCUUCAGCACCAGUUUUUCCCAAGGAUUAGGUCAUUAACACUUCCCAUGUAUUCUCUGGUUUACCCAUUCCUGUGCUUCCCCAUUUUCCUUCUUCCUUCUUCAGAGGGAGCAGUGGUAGUCAGAAUUAUACCCAAUGAAAAUAGAAUUACAAGAAUACUCCUAAAUAGAUUCAAACAUUAACAGGCAAAAAUUAAAUGCCUACCUUCAAGUUUCUGAUUAGGUGUGGAGUUGCAAGAGCUCUGGAAUAGAUGUUGGUGCUAAACUGUUCUACCAAAUUACUGAUACUGGAGAAAAUGUUGAAGAGUUGCUUUCCGGAAUCACUCAAGGUUUAUGGAGCAGUGAUGAACAUAAAUCGUGGGAAUCCCUUUCAAAAAGAAGUGGUGUUGGAUUCAUGGCCGGAUUUCAAAGCUGUUAUCACCCGACGACAAAGAGAGGCUGAGGUAGACAACCUUGAUCAUUAUACUAAUGCCUAUGCUGUGUUCUACAAGGAUGUCAGAGCUUAUCAACAGCUAUUGGAAGAAUGUGAUGUUUUUAACUGGGACCAAGUUUUUCAAAUACAAGGGCUGCAGAGUGAGUUAUAUGAUGUUUCCAAAGCGGUUGCCAACUCAAAGCAGUUGAAUGUAAAGCUAACUUCCUUCAAGGCUGUUUGUUUUUCUCCUGUUUCAACUCUGCCAGAUGCCAGUUUCCUGAAGGGGCCUUACCCACGACUAACCUACUUGAGUGCUGCUGAUGCGGAUCUACUCAACCGGACUUGGUCGCGGGGUGGCAAUGAGCAAUGUCUCCGGUACAUCGCCAACCUCAUCGCCUGCUUCCCUAGUGUGUGUGUCCGGGAUGAGAAGGGAAACCCCAUCUCUUGGUCCAUCACAGACCAGUUUGCCACCAUGUGCCAUGGCUACACCCUGCCAGAACAUCGCAGGAAAGGUUACAGCCGGCUGGUGGCCAUCACGCUGGCUAGGAAGUUGCAAAGCCGGGGAUUCCCCUCUCAGGGGAACGUCCUGGAUGACAACACAGCAUCUAUAAGCCUCCUGAAAAGUCUCCAUGCUGAGUUCUUGCCUUGCCGCUUUCACAGGCUUAUUCUGACCCCUGCUACUCUCUCUGGCCAGCCUCACCUCUAGCCCAGUGAAAAACUGCAGUGGUUUUCUUACUUUCCCUGAGCAUACACACUCUUGGCCGCCAAUGAGGGGAGAGUUAAAACGGGAAUGGGAUACUCUUGGGUUGUUGGAAAGUAUCUGGCUAAUUCACACAGGAUCCACUUGAGAAGCCUUAAUUCUUUGCAUCUCAGGUUUCUCCAGUAAAUAGCUGUGGGGCUGAAGAGUAGCUGUGGCUGAAGACAGGAUGAUUGGCUCCACUGUAUGAGAAUAGGUUCUAAAGCCAGCAGUUUUAGUGUACUGGGAGAAAUUACUGAAUGAGAACAAAUGAUUUAACCAGGACUAUGGGGCUACUGCUUUAGCUUUGCUGCUUGCACCUCUGUAUUCUGAGAGCCACAUCGCUUCCCUACUGCCAUCACUUUCCCCUAUUCCCACAGCUGUGUCUUACCAACCUCUGUUCCUAACCACCUCUGCUGCCAAGUUCUCUGUAGAGUAACCUGCUUUUUCCCUUUUAAUUACUUGCUCUUUACUUCUGCCUGGGACCCUAGCUUAUAGUUUGCUCUCCUGGGAAUGUUCAAAUGCAGUGGUUCUUACGUUUUAGUGUUUAUCAGAAUCACCUGGAGGGCAGGUUGCAACAGGCAUCCCUAGGCCUCUCCUGCUAUGAGGUAGGGCCCCCAAAUUUGCAAUUCUAACAGCUUCCCGCUGCUUCUUUGCCUUGGAUGAAUGACAAUAUGGGCAUUUUGAUGCUAUAAACAAAUGCUGUAAGCAUAGGACUAGACCUUACCUGUAAUCUAUUUCAGUCCCUUAUUUUUAUCAUCUAUUUCCCAUAUAAAACUAAGAUUUAUACCUAGGGGUGUGUGGGGUAUACAAAUGAAUAUAUAACAUAUAUGCAUAUACAUAUAUAUAUAUACAUUCAAUUCAUGUCUUCUAUAUGUAUAUGUAUAUACUCAUAGAAUUUUGAUAAGAUAAUAAACUUUAACUCUCUGAUUACAUAUGAAAAAUUUGAGGACCAGAGAAAAGAAAUAACUUUGUCAAGAUUAUAUUCUUUAUAAUCCAUACUGGAGGCAAAGCCAGAAUGCUGUACUUUUAAUUCCAAUCAGUUCUUUUCACUAAAUCAUGUAUCUUUUUUAUAAAGA